UUAUUUGUUAUUAUUUGAAAUAUUAUUAUUUAGUGUUAUAAACGAAUCACUUAAAUCUGAAUUAUAUUUAAUUUAGUAUGUGAUCUGAUUGUUACAAAACUUUUAUAUCAAAACUGUGUACAUUUUAUGUAAUAUAUAAUUAUCUAUACAUAUAUAUAUAUAUAUAUUCCGUAUAGUAAAAUAUAUAAAUGAACAAAUAAAAUGACGGAAAUAGAAUGGAUAGCAAAACCAGUAGAUUAUGGAUCUGUGAAAUAUGCACGAUUAGAGGAAGUGAUUGAACAUCCUUUGAAGCCGGUUACUGUUACAUUAAUUGACGGGCGGAGCGGAGUUAGACGAAAUGUAUUACGAAGUACAAGCACAGGUUCUUCUACAGGAACACCGACACCAACUCAUACACCUUUACCUACAAAUUUGUCUAUGGAUCCAUUAUUGAGUCAUUCUGCUUUGGAUGGUUCGGAUCCACUUACACAAUUCGCACGUGAAGAAUUAGAUCCUUUAUCUAAAAUGGCUGCAGAUGAAUGGGAUUAUUCUUGUGUAACAGCAAUUCCUGGUAAAAAGCCUAGAGAUACUACAGAUGAAUUAGUUGAACCAUGGUUGGCUAGACGAAACGCUAUUUUAAGUAAAUACACAACUUCGGAGAAAUUAUCAAUUGUUACUAGUUUCUUAUCAGGCGGAGAGAAAGUUAUGGUCAAAGUGCAGCCAAGUGGAACAAUGGUUGAUAAAGUACGAACAAGAUUAGAACAAUUGGAUGAUUUUGAAGAAGGAUCUGUCAGACAAAUGUUAGAUUUAUCACAGCAGGAAUAUACUGCAAGGAUUGAACAAUUGAAUAGUGAAUUAGUACAAGCUUGGCAUUCCGAUCAAAGAGUUAAAGCAUUGAAAAUUGCAAUUCAAUGUGCUAAAUUAUUAGUGGAUACAUCUGUGAUGGCCUUUUAUCCUAGUAAAUUUGUACUGAUCACAGAUAUUUUAGAUAUUUUUGGCAAACUUGUUUAUGAAAGAUUGAAAGUGAAGGCUGAAUAUUACAAACCAGGAAGUAAAAUUCCUACAAGUCUACCUGAUAAUUUUACACCAAGUAUGGUACCAGAAAAUGCAAAAGAAACUUGUCGCAAUUGGUUUUAUAAAAUAGCUUCAAUAAGAGAAUUAGUUCCGAGACUUUAUGUAGAGAUGGCAAUAAUAAAGUCUUAUAGUUUUUUAACAACAAGCGAAUUUAACACAGCUUUAUUACGCAUUACUCGAAUGAUACGAGGGAUUGGAAAUCCUCUAAUAGCUGUCUAUGCUAGAUGUUACUUGUGCAGAGUAGGACUUGCUUUAAAUAAAACAUCAGAUUUUGAAUUUGCAAAAGAAAAUCUGUAUGACUUCCUUUUUACAUAUCAUCAAUUGUUUGGACAAUCUGUAAAGAAUGAGUUGGGUAAACAAAAUAUGACUUUGUAUUCGUAUUUAAAUCUCUAUUUGCCUGCAUUAGAUUGGAUUUUACAAGUCUUGGUAACAACAGCUUCGGAUAGUCUUUUAGAGGAAGUCCUUUCUCAGUGCAAACAACAGACUAAAAGUUCUUUAUUGCUAAACUCUGUCUUGACAGCGUUCAAACCAGUAUAUAUUGCUGCACGUGCAAUGGAUUUUGUAAAUUUAAUAACAGAAAGUAAAGAUGAUGGAUAUCCACAGCAUUUAUUAUACAGAAGUUUAGGUGAGUGUCUUGUAAAAGAAUCUCCACCGAAAGAGGAUUGCCAAGCGAUACUCCAAAUAAUAUGGAAAUAUAUAAGCGAACUCAAAGAUCCUACCAAAUUCAUGCAUUGCAUAGAGAUUUGGAUACAAUUUACAGUUUUGCAUUUUUCUGUUAACGAAUUGAAUCUAUUUUUUGGACAAAUAAUUGAUCGUCUUAGUCCGAAUAGAACAUUUGAGCACUAUUAUUCACAAUUACAAACGGUUGUAGAAAAAAUAGUUGCUUAUACACAAGAUUUUGAAUCUUUACUGGCUAUGGAUAACUUUUUGCCACUGAUAGAUUUGUUCCACAAGGAAAGUAUUAGAGUUGAAGUUUGUAAAACCAUUAUAGAAGGUUUAAGCAAUCAAAAUAGUCCUAUCACAGAUCCAAUUAUUAUAAAUGCUCUAAUAUUUAUCGCUAGGAUAAUGCAUGAUUCUGUUAGCGCUUUAACUGUCGAAGAUGAGAAACGUCAAAUAGGCCAAUUAAUUUGUGGUCUUGUACAACGAGUAGACUAUGGGCGUGAUUUUGAAAAGCAACUUAAUUUUUAUGUUGAAGCCAGAGCAGCUUUUCCUAAUUUGGACAGUGUACAUAUACAACUUAUACAAUGUGUGAAUAGAUUAGCUGUAGAUACAAGGAAAAUAGUUCGUGGACAUCAUACUAGAAGAACUUCAGCAUUUGUACGUGCAUGUGCAGCAUUUUGUUUCAUAACAAUACCAUCAUUAACUUUAGUACAUACUCGUCUUCAAUUAUAUCUGCUGUCAGGACAAGUAGCACUUUUAAAUCAAUGUUUGGGUCAAGCUGAUGCUUGUUUCAAAGCAGCAUUAAGCUUAGUUCCAGAGAUGCCAAAAACUAUAGACAUUGAUGGAAGACAAAAAAAUUCACAGCCAUAUUUGUUAUCAUAUUUGUCUAAUUUUUUAUCUACAUUAUUGGUGGUUCCGGAUAGUCCAGAACAUGGUGUUUUAUAUCUGAUGAGAGGUUUGCUCAAUGCUGUACAACGUUGUUGUGAUGAAAGUACCUCAACUAAAGCAUACUUAUAUUUACGUGUUCUUGACCUUCUUUCAACUGUGACUCAAGAGAAUUAUCCCUAUCAUAUAGACAAGGUUGACUCUAACGAUAAACUUUAUGGAUCGGAUCAAAAGUUUCUUGGAGAGGUCAACAAAAUAUGUUCUAAAAUAGUAGAAGAAAUUCUUAAUCAUUUAAAGUAUCUCGGAUCUACAGAUCAAUUGGAUAAGCAAUCUAUUCUUGCAUUAGAACUUUUUAAUCGUUUUAUAAUAAGGGCAGAUUUACGUCAACCUGCAUUAGCAAAUAUUGCUGUAAAUCUAUGGAAUUUAUCUCAACGACAUGGUUCUGUUGAUCCUAAAGUGAAGAUAAAAACUAUAGCGUAUAUGAUGCAAAAAGUGCAUUGUCAAGAAUACGAACAUUUCGCAGAUAUUCUAAAAAGAAUGAAUAAAUAAAUAAAGAGAUAAAUAAAUAAAUAAAUAAAUAAAUAAAUAAAUAUAAACAAAGCGAUUUCUUUGAUCUAAGUGAAAUUGUUAAAAUGUUCAUAUAUAAUUCCAUAUUGAGGGAAAGAGAAAUGAUAAUAGGUUUAAUAUAUGCUUAACAGAAUUUAUUGGCAGUCAUUUGGAAGACCUGUUGUAAUUAUAUACAAUUGAGUUUCUUGAAAAUUUUACAUAUUUUAGAAAAAUUAAUUAUAACAAUAAAAGCAUAAUUUAAAUUCAAUGAUUAUUCGAAUUAAGUUAUGAAUGUAUUAUUAACUAUUUAAUUAAAUUAGAUUUAAGCGAUCUUAAAAAGGAACAGCCAAGUAAUAUUAUGAAACAUAUAAAGUUAAUAUUACAGGAACAAAUGUUUUGUACUAUCGUAUAUUAAAGUGCUAUUAAAACUUGAAUUGAAGUGCUGUGUUUAAACUUGAACGUUUGAUAAAAGAUAAAUUUUCAUUUUAGUUUCAUGCAGAAAAAAAAAAGAAUACGAACGAUUAUGUAAAUUUAAGAGAUAUGAGAGAUAAGAGCGACUGAAGAAAAUACAAAUGCAAGUUUAUCUAAUAAAAAAAAAUUUAUAACAAAAAGAUUAAGAUAUAAUGAUAAUAAUAAUAAUAAUGAUGAUAAUAAUAACAAUAACUAUAAUGAUAAUAAUAAUAAUAAUGACAACAGUAAAGAAGCAAGAGUAUUAAACGUUAAUUAUAAUAAACUUUUUAUCAAUACUGAGUAUAUCUGAUCGAAUAAAUUUUGGAGAUUGAAUCGGUCACAUUAUUUAUACGAUGAUAAAACUGCCAUAUAAAAAUAUGUCAUUACCUAAGGAUAGACUUUGUAGAUGUUCUUAAUAAAUUCUUCAAAAUUAUAAUAUCUAUAA